AUGACAGACAGCUGUCAAAGGAAGCCAACGGCUGUUAGCAACGCUAGCCCUACCCACGUUCAAUCUUUCCUAUUCGAUCAGAUCCCCCUUCUAGACUUCUUCCUCCCCGGCCUCGCCCCUGCGACCUCCCCGACUUGGUCCCUUCUUACUGGUGGCACAAGCAUCUAUGGUCGGGUGCUCUGCACCUGUGGGUUGCUUCUGUUAUUUGGGAAGUAUGCUUCGGAAUAUUUGGAGAAAUUGCUGGAAACCUACUAUUCUUCAAAGAUUGAGGUACCCUAUACCGAUGAAGCAUAUAAUAUGCUCAUUUUCUGGGUCUGCGCUCAGCCGUUUGCACGAUCAGCACGCACUUCCCUCGCGAAGGUAGAUCUCAUAUCAUCCACGGAACAUGCCGAGAAGAAGUCACUGCACUAUUCACCCUGCAAUGGUCGCUCAUACUUCUGGCACAAACGCCGUCUAUUUGUAUUCAAUCGCCAAAGAACUCUAGGAGAGUUCGGUACUACCAGGGAGGAAGCCUGUGUUUCGUACUUUGGGCGCAAUCCUGCAUUUUAUGAGAGCUUUUUCGAACCGUCGCCGAAUACUUCAGCAGUCUCGUCCAACAGAAUAUUCACACCUACGUGAAGAAAGGAACUCCGUAGACGAUUCCGAUGACGCUCGCCGAAAUACAUCCUCCGCCAACGAGGAAAUAGCCCUUGCACUAUACUUCGUCUCUAAGAAAUACGACUCUGGUUCUUUCAAACUAAUCUGCGACGACUUCCUCCCGGGAAACAUAUUCAUAAAGAAGGACACCCUAGAAACCGUUGUAGUUGUCGACCGGGGAAUGAACUUAUGCUGGCCCAUAUCGCUUUCUCUUUUCCCCUCCAUGCUAAUUAUUUUUCGGAGACCCAACAUCCUAGACUACUUCUAACCGAGGCCGGCACAGGAGUGCCACCG